GGAGGUGGAAGCUCGGCCUGGUGUAUAAAACAGUUUUCGCGUGGGAUUUUUGUACCAAUGCAACCUGCAACUCCUCUGCUAGCCAAGGCCGAAUGCCGCUACUAGGCUAGAGCUACACGAAGAACGCGGGACGACGCCGUGCUGGUGUGUGGAUUUCACUAGAGUGUGACAACGAGGGGGAACCCCCUGCAGCGGAGCGUGUAGCCAGUGCCGCUGCCGCCGCCUCAGAGCCCAAGCAGACGUGCGCUGUCCAGCCGCGGUGGAGCUGAAACGCCAGCAUCGAUCCUUCCCUCAGUGACGUAGGGAGAGAGGGGCACGGUUUGGCUACAGGCAGAUAGAAUACACUGGAUAUGAAUAUUGUAAUGAUAAAACCGCGCAAAGACUACACAGAAGCCAUAUAGAAAAUACAGAACUCACAAGCAACCAAACAUUAACAAAAAGCAAGUGAAAACUUGGAAGAAAGGGUUGGACUUUUCCCCGCCCUCGAUGUCACUCGAGGGUUGUGAGCAGCACGCCGUAUCGUUGCGGAACACAGAGAAGACUCCGGGGAGAGACAGGAGAGACUUCAGAUCUAUAAGGUAAAUGUUGACGACACCGUUGAAAUGUUACCAAAAUCGAGAAGAGCACUUACCAUUCAAGAGAUUGCGGCGUUAGCCAGAUCUUCAUUACAUGGCAUCUCCCAGGCGAUGAAGGACCAUGUGACGAGGCCCACAGGCAUGGCCCAGGGCAGGGUGGCCCACCUGAUAGAGUGGAAGGGCUGGUGUAAGCCCACUGACACCCCCGCAGCUCUGGAGUCUGACUUCAACAACUACUCUGACCUCACUGAGGGAGAACAGGAGGCCCGCUUCGCUGCAGGUGUGGCGGAGCAGUUUGCCAUAGCGGAGGCAAAGCUGAGAGCCUGGUCGUCUGUGGAUGGAGAUGACUCUAAUGACGACUCGUAUGAUGAGGACUUCAUUCACGCCAACGAGCCCACAACACAAAGCACGGAGGUGCCCCCCUACCUGAGGGACCUUCUUCACAGUCAGGUGUGUCAGCACCUGGGUCUGCGGGGGCUGUGCUGCGAGGGAGCAGGUAGAGGAGACAGGCCCUCGCCCACUUCCACAGACACCAUCUGCUCCAGCCUCUGCAGCCUGGACGAGCAACACCCCUUACUGCGAGAUCUCACCCAUCACUGCAGUAACAACUACGGUAACACCGCCGAGCUGGCUGCCAAGAUCCUCUCAGCCCUGCAAGGGGGGGAGGAGCUGCUGUUGGCCCGCCUCCAGAGGGUGGGGCAGGGGGUUAGAGGGGGAGGGGACUUCAACAGCCUGGGGGGUGGGAGGGGCCGGCCAGGGGGGGAGGAGUCGCCCUGCUACUCUGUGACCUACUCUGAGACCUACCUGUCACCCGGGGAGGACGACGAUACGCCCUGCAAAGACUACGAGGGCACCGUGUGCCAGGGAGAAGGAGAUGGUGAGGUGUACCCACCUGACUAUGCCACCCACAGGAAGGUCUCAGACGUAGCCUCCUCCGGUGUGGUGUCUCUGGACGAGGAUGAAGAGGAGGUAGAGGAGGAAAAGGAGGAGGAGGAGAGGGAGAGAGAGCAGGGAAACCAAUGUCAUUGAUUUUUGAUUCAUCCAUUGUUUCUCUGUCCAUCUCUCCGUCCCUCCCUUGGCCUCUGAUAUGUUAAGCCUGUCCAUCUCUCCGUCCCACCCUUGGCCUCUGAUAUGCUAAGCGUGUCCAUCUCUCCGUCCCACCCUUGGCCUCAGAUAUGUUAAGCCUGUUCAUCUCUCCGUCCCACCCUUGGCCUCUGAUAUGUUAAGCCUGUCCAUCUCUCCGUCCCUCCCUUGGCCUCUGAUAUGUUAAGCCUGUCCAUCUCUCCGUCCCUUCCUUGGCCUCAGAUAUGUUAAGCCUGUCCAUCUCUCCGUCCCACCCUUGGCCUCUGAUAUGUUAAGCCUGUCCAUCUCUCCGUCCCACCCUUGGCCUCUGAUAUGUUAAGCCUGUCCAACUCUCCGUCCCUUCCUUGGCCUCAGAUAUGUUAAGCCUGUCCAUCUCUCCGUCCCACCCUUGGCCUCUGAUAUGUUAAGCCUGUCCAUCUCUCCGUCCCUCCCUUGGCCUCUGAUAUGUUAAGCCUGUCCAUCUCUCCGUCCCUCCCUUGGCCUCUGAUAUGUUAAGCCUGUCCAUCUCUCCGUCCCUCCCUUGGCCUCUGAUAUGUUAAGCCUGUCCAUCUCUUCGUCCCUCCCAUGGCCUCUGACAUGUUAAGCCUGUCCAUCUCUCCGUCCCACCCUUGGCCUCUGAUAUGUUAAGCCUGUCCAUCUCUCCGUCCCACCCUUGGCCUCUGAUAUGUUAAGCCUGUCCAUCUCUUCGUCCCUCCCAUGGCCUCUGACAUGUUUAAACCUGUCUGCAUGUUUUUUUUUCAUGACUUGAACUCUUACUGCUGUGUAACCCCUCUGUCUUGGCCUUAUGGCAUCAUGUCGAUCCCCUACCUGGCUGCCCCCUGACCAUUUGAUAUCUAUCAAUAUAUUUUUGUCUUGAGGCGUCCAAACAAUCUUUUCUAUCAAUGUGAAGCAGGAGAGCUGGACUGGCUGUCACAGCCUUCAAUAAGAAGCCCAACAAUUGGUCUGUGGUUUCAGUAAGAAGCCCAUGGAUUGGCCAGUGGGGUUCAGUGCUCCACCCACACACAACAAGAAAGCGAAAGACUGCUAAAAACUAAAAAAGACAGAAAAAGACUGAAUCUUAAAACUAUGAAAUGUCUUUGCAUGUGUUUGCAAGUGCUGAACUGAACUUGUGUGCUGACCUGGUCUUGAGCACGUCGGUUUGCAGUUUGGGCUGUUCUGUAUAACCCCACCCUUCCCCCACCCCCACCC